UUCCCAGCUGACCAUUCCUGGAGUUUCCCUUUGCAGAGACGCCACACCAGGCAGAGCUGAGGAACGCCGCCUUCAGCAUGCAGACACAGUUUUCUGCCCUCCUGGCCUUCGCCUUGCUCUGCCUGCUGCAGGUUCAGGCCGAGAUGCCCGUGCAGGCUGACUUCCAGCAAGAGCAGUUCACAGGGACCUGGUAUAGCAUCGGCCUGGCCUCCAACUCCCGGUGGUUCAAAGAGAAGAAGCUGGUUAUAAAGAUGUGCACCACGGUCGUCACGCCCACAGAAGACGGGAACCUGGAUGUCACCUCCACCUAUCCAAAGCUGGACCAGUGCGAGACAAAGAGAAGCCUUUUCCUCCGGACAGAUGAGCCCGGCCACUUCACCUACACCAACCCUUGGUCCGGAAGCACCCACAACAUCCGGGUGGUGGAGACCAACUACAACGAGUAUGCGCUGCUCUGGGACACGAUAACCAAGGGGGCCGAGACAUUCACCAUGGUCACCCUGUACGGGAGAACCAAGCUGUUGCGUCCGGAGCUGCUGGAGAAGUUCAGCCAGGCAGCCUUGGCGCAGGGCCUGAGCCAGGAGGACAUCCUCAUCCUGCCCCGGACUGAUCUGUGCAUGGCAGAAACUGUGUAGCUCCUAGCGAUAACCAAGGCUUUCGCCUCAAAGGGAGAAGGGCGAAGGCCCUUUUCUGACCUGCAACGCUGGAAUUCUCCAUGUGGCCUCCUUUCCCCCUCCGUCCCAGCACCCCUUCUGCCUCUGGCCUGGAAUAACAGUCUCUCUCCUUGCCUGAAAUUAUAACAGCAACAAUAAAAGAAAAUGCAACACA